CUCUCCGUUGAUAUUUUCCACAGCUUUAAUACAAUAAUACAAAAAAAGGAGACAUUGGCAUUGUCAAUGUAAUAAUGAACAAGUCUAUAUCUAUAUUCCUCUUAAAACACGGAGACCGGACCUCACAUUCCUCCUUCCCACACAUUCUCACGUCUUUUCCGUCCCAUAUUUUCACAAACACAAAAACACACACACACACACAAUAUUCUUUUACAACAAAUUAAACACACAUUAUUAUUAUUAUUAUCCCUUUUUUUAGAAACUUAAUAUUUGUUUCUGACCAACAUUGUUGUUGUCAAAAGAAUCUUGAAUUCAUAGGAAAAUGUUGUAACACCCAUUAUUUGAAAUAUAAGGGAAAUUAAAGAAAGAAGGAAUAAAUAAAAAAGGUUGUUGCUUUGGAUGUAAAUUUUCAAGAUCUUUUCUGGGUUUUGUUUUUUGAGGUGAUUUAUGGUUGUGGGUAUAAAAAUCUUGAACUUUUAUUUGAUAAAAAUUGAAUCUUGAAGCUAAAGGACGAAAAAAGAAAGAAAAAAAAGUUAGGAAUUGAAAGAAAGAGGAUGAAUAUAUUGUGGAAAGAUCCAGGACUUCCAACAGAUUCAUAUUAUGAGGUUAGAGCUGAAUGUACUACUGAUGUUCCAAAAACCAAGUUUAAAAUCAAGUCUGGGAAGACCCUUAGUGUUAGGAAGUGGAAGUCUGCUUUCAGUCCAGAAGGUUAUCUUGAUAUUGGCCAGACCCUUGGUCGAAUCUAUCGUGGGGGGGUCCAUCCAACAAUUAGAGGAGAGGUAUGGGAAUUUCUACUCGGUUGUUUUGAUCCUAAAAGCACAUAUGAGGAACGCAAAGAGAUACGACUAACUCGAAGAGAAGAGUAUGUACGCCUAAAAGAACUAUGCACGUAUAUGUUCCCUCUUGUUGGAAGUGGGAAGUUUAUCACUGCUCCUGUGAUCACAGACGAUGGUACCCCAACCCAAGAUCCUAUUGUACUUUUAGAAGCAAACCCGGAAAAGCUUAUGACACCAACAACUCAAGCUACUGUUGGUUCAAAUUCUGCCAUGUCUUGUCCUAAGGAGGACAAUAAGAAGAUUAUCCAAUGGAAACUUACCCUCCAUCAAAUAGGUCUUGAUGUAGUUCGAACGGACAGGACACUAGUAUUUUAUGAGAAGCAAGAUAAUUUAGCAAAACUAUGGGAUAUUCUUGCAGUCUAUGCUUGGUUUGAUAAAGAUGUUGGUUAUGGUCAAGGGAUGAGUGAUCUUUGUUCACCCAUGAUUAUGCUUCUUGAGGAUGAAGCAGAUGCAUUUUGGUGCUUUGAACGUCUAAUGCGCAGAAUUCGAGGGAAUUUCAAAUGCGUAGGGAGUUCCGUGGGCGUGGAGUCACAGCUCUGCAAUUUAGCGAAUGUUAUUCAAGUUGUUGACCCUAAACUUCACAAGCACUUAGAAUACCUAGGUGGAGGUGAUUAUCUAUUUGCUUUUAGGAUGCUUAUGGUAUUGUUCCGGCGAGAAGUUUCUUUUGGAGAUUCAUUGUACUUAUGGGAGAUGAUGUGGGCUUUGGAGUAUGAUCCUGAUUUAUACACUUUAUAUGAGGACUCUGAUUCUGAUAGACCUGAAGAUCCUAAAGGAAAACCAAAAUCGUCGCGCCAAUGCGGCAAAUUUGAAAGAGAAUACAUGCGAAGUGGGGCCAAAAAUGAAGAACCGCUACCCAUUUCUGUGUUUCUUGUUGCGAGUGUGCUUAAGGAGAAAAGUGUCAAAUUGCUCACAGAAGCCAAGGGGCUCGAUGAUGUUGUCAAGAUAUUGAACGACAUGUCGGGUAACCUGGAUGCUAGAAAAGCUUGCUCAGGGGCUAUGAAACUUCAUAAGAAGUAUCUGAAAAAGGUGAAGAUGGAGAAGUCAUCUUCAUAAAAGAAAAAUUAACAUGUUUAACUUGCGUUAACCGGGAUCAAUGACAUGAGGUAUUUUUACCAAAGAAUAUGAAACAUAGGGUUGGAGGCAAUUAAUUAAUAUGAUUCUAAAAACUAAUGUUUCAUUAUGUGUGUACAAUUAAAUUAUUCUUUUGUAGACAGUAUGUAUAAACUACCAAUGUAUAUCAUGUAUCAGUAAGAUUAUGAGUUAUAUUAUAGGGUUAAGUAUCUUGGAAUAUAACAAACUUUGAACGAAUGUCUAUAGUUAUAAAUAACAAAAGUUGUAUGUAUUGUAUGUAAACAAUUCAAAAAUGAUGUUUAUUGUAUGUAAAAAAAUGUAUUCAACAAAUUAUAAUCAGACUAGUGACACCUCUAUAUGGUUGCAACAUAUGUUUUCUUACAUACAAUAAACAUUUUUUUAAGAUGUUUAUAUGCAAUACA